UUUUCUUUAAGAGGUUCUGCAAAAGAUGAGAAAAUAGAUAACAUAAAUUAGUAACUUUAGAUAUAAUAUAAAAGUCUCAGGCCUUACCAAAAAGGAUAAAGUUAAACAAUCUGAAUUUAUUGAUCGCUGAUUUUUCGAGCCAUCCCAGUUGAUUUUGAGCAAAAGUUGUCGAGAAAAAAUUUUGGUAACACCUUUUCUGGUUUCACCUUAGCAAACCGGGAACCUUGAAACCAUUAAAAAUAUAUAAAAGACUCGAAAUAAACUCUUUCUUCGCAAAAAAAUUGACAAAUUGCUCUUACCACUUCGGAUUCCGAUAUUUAGCUCCACCAUAAAAUAACUUAAUGGGAAAAAAUUGUAAAUCAAUACUAACUGGACGUAUGUACGUAUAUGUAUGUGCAUCCAAUAAUACUGUAUGGUUGCUCAAAAUUUUUUUUAACAUUCCGAUACUAGCUAAGAGGGAAUCAACUUUAUUUUCCACAUUUUUUAUCGCUUUGAGUACUUCUUCAUUAUUUUCUAGAGAAGAUAGAAUUUUAUGUUUACUAAGGCAAUUUAAUGCAUUUACCUAUACCAUUAAUAGUAGUUCUAAAUGGUAUAGUAUACGGCGUAAAUAUUGCCUAAAUUUGCAAAUUUUUCAUAAGAAGUAGCUUCUUGUUAAACACUUUUAAUUUUUUUUCACUAAUCAUUUUAAGAGACGCCUCGAAUAAAUACAGGGUGGGCCAUAUACAAUUUUUAAUUUAAAAAGUCAAUAAAAAAAACGGCUUUAUAUUUUUCAAGGGUCUAACAUUUAUUUAAAAAGUUGUUUUAUGAAAUUUAUUUGUGGAAAACAAUUUCGGACAAGUGACCACCACGGCUGAGUUUACAGUAGUUUAUCCGAUCCACCCAAUUUUGGAGUACUUUCUCGAUGGUCUUGAAUUGUUUCUGCAUGGUUGGCGUAACAUUUAUCUUUAACAGCUCCCCACAGAAAAUAGUCCAACGGAGUUAAAUCGCAGCUUCUGGGAGGUCAAUUCACAUCACCUCUUUUGCUGAUUAUGCGAUUUUCGAAGAUAGGGCGUAAAAGAUUGAGUGUAGCGUUUGCUGUAUGGCACGUAGCGCCGUCCUGCUGGAACCAAAUGUUGUCCAAGUCUUCCUCUUCAAUUUGCUUGAAGAAAAAUUCGGUUAACAUUGCGCGUUAUCGCUUACCAUUGAUGGUUACGGCGGUUCCUUCUUCAUUUUCGAAGAAAAAUGGGCCGAUGAUUCCACCAGACCAAAAUCCGCACAGUUGAACUACGCGAACUACGCACAUCGAUUGAACGCGCGGGAAAUGAACGUUGACGUUUUGGUUUAUCCACCAACGAGCCAGUUUCACGCACACGCUUGUUGCACAAAUUGAACUGAUGGCACUUUUUGUCUGUCCAUUUUUUUUUUGCCAAAUUUCUCACAGUUUGGGUUGAAGACUCACCACUUUGGAAAAAAGUUUUCAAUAUUUCCCAGUUUUCUUCUAGUGAAUAGCGACACAUUUCGUAAAUUUUAGACUUUUUACUGAAUAUCUGUCACUUUCCGAAUGAUAUUUGACGUUUCCAAAGUCGAAAUAUAGAUAAUUCAAAUUUAAAAUGUUAGAUGGCCCACCCGUUACUUUGGCGAUGUUUUAUUCACGUUCACGCGUUGAUUACAAAAAUUAAAAUGGCGAAAUACGCGUAUAUUUAAAACAGAAGAUUUUACAUUUGGAGUAAUAGCCGAGCAGUAGAAGUAUACCUACAAUAGCUUAUUUAUUCCUUCUAAAUAUAUCAAUAAGCGAGGAAACAAAUGGUUUUUGUAAAAAAAGGGUUUUUGUAAACAAAUGAUUUUUUGCUUUUAUUGCUCACUUAAUGUUCGAAAUAGAUGAACAUAUCAGUAUCCCUUUAUUACUUGAAUUUGGUAUUAAUAUAAUUUACUGAGUUACAUAAGAAAAGUUCCGGACAAUUACAUUUAAGUUUUUAUUAAAUUUGUUAUGAGUUUCUUAAGGAGUAGUGGAUAAAAUCAUGAAAUUAAUCAUCCAGUUCUAAAGAAAAAUUAAGAGACAUUUUCGAGUUAAGACAUCGAAUAACAGUGUGAUAAUCGCAAUUAUUUCAUCGAAAGUGACAUAAGCCAGGUAAACGUCGCAAUUGACACAAAAGAUGACCUAACGGUGAUUUUCAGUUAAGAAAUAUAGUGAUGAGAAUGAAAUAUUUUGAAUAGGUAGAUAAGUGUACUACGAUUUGAUAUACUGAAAAAAAAUUAUUGUGAAAUUUUUGAGUUGUGACUUUUAUAGUUAGUGUGUGUUAAAGCUAUAUAUGUAUUAGGAUAGGCCAAUUAAAACACAAAAGUUUUUUCUUAGAUACGCUGAAAAUAUAGUCCAAAAUAACAAAAUGCCGGUAAAAUUGGAGCUCUUAAUACUAAUGUUAACAGUCAAUCUUCCCAAUUACCGUAUUAUUUUUAUGAUAUUAUUUCAUAUCUUAAAUUAUUAGAUGAACCUACUCUGAAACGAAUUAGCUAGUUAUUUAUAUACGCAUUUGAAAUGAUAAUGAGUUCUCGCACCGUAGACCGUCAAAAUCUUUAUAAAUACUUUACUAAUUCAAAAAUAUAUACAUACAUAUGCUUAUACAUUUUAAAGUAGCUUAGUUGGGAUUUUUUACGGACACCUGAAUGUAAAUUCUACAUAUUUAUUUAUGCUAACUUUUUACAAAACUGCUUCUUUUACUAAUUUGCUUAUGUGCUCACAGAAUAAAAUAAAAUGUAAUAUUGAACAUGGUAUAACAUGAAAAUAACAAAAAGAAACAAUCCCUGAACGAUCCUGACUUAGACCCGUAUCGUCCGUCUCGUAAAUUUUCUGCACCUCCAUCAUUAGAUGACCCCGUUGGAGAAGAAACCAAAGAAAAACAACGUCUUCGACAUGAACGCCUAAUGACUGUCAGUGAGGAGGUUUUAGACGAAAUUCAGUUAGAAAAAAAGAAAGCUCUUAUUACGGAUGAGUUAAAGGAACGAGAACAAAAAACUCUAGGAGAGAGUAUUAACAAAAAGUCUAAGGAAAAUACUAAGAAGAAAGAAGAUGCUCUUAAAGCCGAGGAAGCCCGAUUAGCUAAGGAAGAUACUAAGAAGAAAGAAGAUGCUCUUAAAGCCGAGGAAGCCCGAUUAGCUGAAGAAGCACGAUUAUCUGAAGAAGCACGAUUAUCUGAAAAAGCGCGUUUGGCUGAAGAAGCACUAUUAGCUGAAGAAGCUCGAUUGGCUGCAGAAAUACGAUUAGCUGAAGAAACGCGAUUAGCUGAAGAAGCACGAUUAACUGAAGAAGCAAGAUUAGCUGAAGAAGCACGAUUAGCUGAAGAAGCACGAUUAGCUGAAGAUGCACGAUUAGCUGAAGAAACGCGUUUGAAGAAAGCUGAAGAAGAUAGGUUAGCUGAGGAAGCAUUCCUAGCAGAAGAAGUGGCUCGAAAAGCCGAAGAAGUUCGCUUAGAAGAAGAAAAACGACAUCGUGAGGAAGAAAUGAUCCGUCUAGCAGAAAUCGAAAAGCAAGCCGACGAGGAACAAGAGAGAGAGUUGGCUCGUCAGGCAGCAGAACUAGCUGAAAUAGCGCGCCAAGAAGCAGAACUUGCAGCACAAGAAUUGCAUGUCAUGCAACAAACUGAUCAAAUUAAUUCGCAAGACUUAAGUGAUACAACCAAAGUUGGAGUUGAACCCAUUAUUGAACAGCCGCUCACUCCUGUCGAAGAAUAUCGUGGAGAACCUAUUAUUGAAUUGUCGACUCGGAUUGAUGAACUUUCUGAUACUGAAGCCGCUUCCGAAGACGAGGACAAUGAUGUUGAAGAUGUGUGAAAUGGCUCAAACAAUACAAACUUACAAAUAGAAAGAUAAAAUUUUAAUGAAACUGUGUUCAAUAUAACAAUUCUGCUGAAUUUUUGUAACAGACUUUUUACAAUACAUUUCUCCCUUUUUGUACUACAUACUAAAUUAGUUCCUUAAAAAAUUGCCUUUGUUUUCAAAUUAACUGAAAGACAUUUUUAAAUUGAAUAAAAUAAAAGUAUCUAAAAUUACAGUGCAAA